AUGCCUUUCUUCCCAAUGGGUACCGGGAUUCAAGCAGAAAAUGACACAAACACCGUGUCCGGCGCAGUGCCACUAUCCCCCGCGACGCAGGUCAAAAACCGUCGGAAACGCUACCUGGAUACCCACCCGGAGUAUUUCUCUGCUGAUCUCGAGCUAGCCGCCACCUCGAGUCUCAAGAACUUACGCUUGCUACUAUCCCAAAUCACCUCGAAAUACACCCCGCAAGUACCUAUAACAAUGCCACACCUCACCAUCCAAGACGAAAUAAAGAAACUACGCUGCUCAGACAGCCCGACAGUAACCCGGUCACCGUCACCCAAGAAGACGGAAAAAUACAUAGUCCAAAAGCUCAGAAAACAGUUUGAGCUGACAAAGGACACCAUCGGCGAUGGUAGCUUCUCCAGAGUCAAGAUCGUGCAUAGGAAAGAGCAGGGCACGCUUGUUAAGUACGCGGCCAAGUUCCUCAACAGGGAGGCUAAGGUGUCCGAGCAGUUAUAUGAAGAACGGGCUUGGAAGGAGUUCGAUAUCGCCAGGAACCUGCAUCAUCCGAAUAUCGCGGAGGUUAUUAGCCUCUGCAGACAUAACCCUCACCUGGUCUUUGUUAUGGAGCACUGCCAACAUGGCGAUCUUUGUGACCUAAUGGCAAAGGCCACUCUUCGCCAUGGGGCCAAAAAGUGCUUCUUUAAGCAAAUGCUCAGGGGUGUUGCAUACAUGCAUAGCCAUGGUAUCGCACACCAUGAUAUUAAACCGGAGAACUUGGUCCUGGCCGAUGAUAACGUCCUCAAGCUUAUCGACUUUGGGCUCUCCGAGGUCUUUGCUGACCUCCUCCCCCCCGACAGCAAAGGGGAAAGAAAACUUGGCCCGGUCCGUGAGUUCCCCGCUCGUCUCUAUGGUACGCCCGCCUAUCUUCCGCCAGAGCUAUUUCAGGGUGUCUACUCCUACGACGCCCGCGCCCUCGAUGUGUGGAGCUGCGCCAUAACCGCCUUCGCCAUAUUCGCUGGCGACGUACCCUGGGACCUAGCCGACGAUGAAGACAAAUCCUACCAAGCCUUUCGCGGAAGCUGGCAGUACCUCCUCGAAGAAUACCCCGACCUACCUGUAACAGCGGACAACUUCCCGCUUACAACUUUCGCCAAGGCCCUGCCGGAGAAGGAGCUUGCGACCCUCCUCCUCCGGAUGCUACACCCGUUCCCGGAAAAGCGAAUGACAAUUUUGGAAGUGUUGGAGGAUCCUUGGGUUCAGGCUAUUGAGUGCUGCAGCCCCGAGUCCAACCACUCGUCGACGGUUCGGGGUGAUAAGGAUUGUGGCAUCCCCAAGAUGCAUGAUCACCGUCCCCUGACGGACGAGCUGGCUUCCAACUCUGACUAG